AUGUCGACUUCCUCGUUGCUCAUGAAGCAGCGCCGUAUGGCGUCGAGCGUCUCUCGGCAAAUUUUGCAGCGCCGUCGAAUUGCCACAACUGCCGUAGGAUGCCGUUUGACGGAUGCCUCUUUGGGUGUCUCUCGUAGCGCUCCCGGCGGUCUUUCCACCAGUGCUCGCUUUGGUGGAAGUAACAACAGAGUCAGCGCUUACAGCAGCCGCUUCUUUUCCACCUUUUUGGAUGAUUACCGUCAACACACGGAGGAACGAAGUGCCAUGGCGGAAGGUUACGGAGUCGCUCCCAAUCCCUUGUCGGCAGAACAGGUUUCUGCUUUGAUUGAAGAUUUGCGCAAAGCAGACUCUAACCAUGAAGAGCUCGUGGCCUUGUUGGUUCACCGUGUCCCUCCUGGUGUCGAUGAAGCUGCCUAUGUCAAGGCUACCUGGUUGAGUGCCCUUGCCAAGAACGAAGAGACUUCUCCUUACAUUAGCCGCGAAAGAGCUGUCGAAUUGUUGGGAACCAUGCAAGGAGGAUACAACGUCCAGACUCUCAUUGAUUUGUUGGAAGAUUCCGAUGCCGCCAUUGCCGAUCUAGCGGCAGACCAACUUUCACACACGCUUUUGGUUUUUGAAUCCUUUUAUGACAUCGAGGCUCUUCACAAGAAUGGAUGCAAGCCAGCAACCAAGGUUUUGGAAUCUUGGGCCAAUGCCGAGUGGUUCUUGAAGAAACCAGAAGUCCCGGAGGUCAUGACUGCCACCGUAUUCAAGGUCACUGGAGAAACAAAUACCGAUGAUUUGAGUCCUGCCCAAGAUGCCUGGAGUCGUCCCGAUAUUCCCCUGCAUGCCGUGGCAAUGCUCAAAAAUACUCGUGAGGGAAUUGAACCCAUCAAGGACGGAGAAAUUGGACCUUUGCAUCAAAUUAAGGAACUGCAAGAAAAGGGAUUUCCCCUCGCUUACGUUGGAGAUGUGGUUGGAACUGGAUCUUCGAGAAAAUCGGCCACUAACUCUGUCUUGUGGUUCAUGGGAGAGGACAUCCCCCAUGUUCCCAAUAUCAAGUCGGGAGGAUUGUGCUUGGGAGGAAAAAUUGCUCCCAUCUUUUUCAACACCAUGGAGGAUUCUGGAGCCCUUCCUAUCGAGUUGGAUGUCAAUGAUUUGGGCAUGGGAGAUGUUAUCGAUGUUUACCCGUACGAGGGCAAGGUCACCAACCACGAAACUGGUGCUGUAAUUACUGAGUUUGAACUCAAGACUCCUGUUAUUAUGGAUGAGGUCCGUGCCGGCGGUCGUAUUCCUCUCAUUAUUGGACGUGGACUGACCAGCAAGGCACGUGUUGCUUUGGGACAAGGUGAAGCUGUUGCGGAUAUUUUCCGCAUGCCCGCCUUGCCGGAAGGUGCCAAGGCACCAGAAGGCUUCACCCUCGCUCAGAAAAUGGUUGGAAAGGCCUGCGGACUCCCCGACGGGGAGGGAAUUGUUCCUGGACAGUACUGUGAACCCAAGAUGACCACUGUCGGAUCGCAGGAUACCACGGGACCAAUGACUCGUGAUGAACUUCGUUCUUUGGCCUGCCUCGGAUUCACUGCUGACUUGGUUAUGCAAUCAUUCUGCCAUACUGCCGCUUACCCCAAGCCCGUAGAUGUCAUCACUCACCACACUUUGCCCGAUUUCAUUGAGACUCGUGGAGGAGUCGCAUUGCGUCCUGGUGACGGCAUUAUCCAUUCUUGGUUGAACCGAAUGUUGCUCCCAGACACUGUGGGAACUGGUGGAGACUCUCACACACGUUUCCCUAUCGGUAUUUCCUUUCCGGCCGGAUCUGGUCUUGUCGCGUUCGGAGCUGCAACCGGAAUCAUGCCCUUGGAUAUGCCAGAGAGUGUGUUGGUCAGAUUCUCUGGUACUAUGCAGCCUGGUGUGACUCUUCGUGAUCUGGUUCAGGCCAUUCCCUACACUGCCCUCCAGAUGGGAUUGUUGACAACCGAGAAGAAGGGAAAGAAGAAUAUCUUCUCUGGACGCAUUUUGGAAAUCGAAGGUCUUCCUGACCUCAAGUGCGAGCAAGCCUUUGAGUUGAGUGAUGCCUCUGCUGAACGUUCUGCUGCUGGAUGCACCAUCAAGCUCAACAAAGAGCCCAUCAUUGAGUAUUUGAACUCGAACGUUGUGAUGCUCAAAUGGAUGAUCUCUGAGGGUUACGGCGAUGCACGCACCUUGGAACGUCGUAUUGCUCGCAUGGAAGAGUGGCUUGCCGACCCCGUCCUUAUGGAGGCAGAUGAGAAGGCUGAAUAUUCUACUGUGAUUGACAUCAACUUGGACGAGUUGAAGGAGCCCGUUUUGGCUCUACCCAACGACCCCGAUGCAUCUGCUCUGCUUUCGGAGGUUGCGGGAAACAAGAUCGAUGAGGUCUUCAUUGGAAGUUGUAUGACAAACAUUGGGCACUUCCGCGCUGCUGGAAAGCUCUUGAAAAACUUGGCAAACCCCAUUCCCACCCGUCUCUGGAUUGCACCCCCCACAAAGAUGGACGAAGCUCAACUGAUCGAGGAAGGAUACUACUCCAUUUUUGGUGUCGCUGGAGCACGAACGGAAAUGCCAGGAUGCAGUCUUUGCAUGGGAAACCAAGCUCGUGUCGCCCCCAAGUCAACCUGCGUUUCCACAAGUACUCGCAACUUCCCCAACCGUCUUGGACAGGGAGCAGACGUAUACCUAGCCAGUGCUGAAUUGGCAGCUGUCGCCAGUAUCGAGGGAGAGCUGCCAUCGGUGGAAACAUACUUGAAGUACAUGGACGAUGUGAAUGCUACCGCCGAUGACACCUACCGAUACUUGAACUUUGACGAACUGCCCAACUUCGUCAAGAGUGCCGAUUCCGUUGAGAUUAGCGCAGAAAUGAGGGACGCUGCCAAGAAGUUGGAUAUGGCUGAAUAG